AUGAAUCAAUCAUCUCCAAAAGCAGAAAGACGGCAUACAUCUAUUUAUCUACAUACUUUACCUGAACCUUCAAAUAGUUCAAUAUUCAAAAUUGAUUUUGGCAAAGAGAAUAUUCCAAUAUAAAAAAUGACAUGGGAUUAAUAUUCAUUAUCUCAUUAACAAUCAACUAUUUCAUAAAAGAAAAAGCCAACUUAAAAGUAUGUAGAAUUAUAGUCAUAAACUGAUACUAACAUUAAAUUCAAAUUUCCUUUAUAUACAGAUCGACAACUUGGAAUCAAACCAGAAUAUUAAAAUCUUUUACAAGAAGUAUAUGAUAAUGAUGAUGAUAUUAAUACAAGAGAAAGUGUAAUGAACUUUUUUAUAGAUGUUUGCAAAAGAGAUUUAGUAUAAGGAAUAAUUGAAAAUCAAUAAAUUAAAGAUUAACAAGGGUACUUAUAUAUUCUGUUAUAGUUUGAAAUCCAAUCCUAAAUUUUUCAGGUUUUAAAUAAAGAUUAAGUAAACAAUAUGA